GUCUUCACCCAACCGUCGGAUUUACAAGCAGACUUUUCUAGCUUUCGCCAAUUUCUAUCAUUGAGGGUUGCGAUCCCCUGGCGGAAAUUAUACCAGUUCUUCUUACAAUUGAGAAUAUUAAUUUUUCAUUGCACUUUCCGACGCCUCCAUUGGCUGCAACUAACCGUAACGCUGCCUAGCCUAUGGUGCAGCUCUCUCCGACAACCUGAAAAACUCCUCCAUCCUCCCGAUAUACAUACUUCACAUACAAAAUGGCGCCCUCAGCAACAAAUACUGAAUGGGACCACCAGUUCAACACCUUGCGAAAGCAUGAUUUGUUCCAGAACCCCCCCAAAGAUCACACAGCGUACCCUGCGCUUCAGUUAGCCGUCGACCCUCACAUUGAGUCCUUCAAUGCUCUGUUUGACGCCAAUGGAAAGGACGGAAUCAUCUCACAUGGCCUCAAGGAUAUCGGCGCCAAGGUGUUCUUCGAUGGCAACGACCGCGACGGACCGGAGGGCAAGAACCGCAUCGACAUCCGGGUCAAGACGGUCAACCUGCAAAGACCACAGGUUCCUCCCUCCAACAAGCUUGCUCGCCACAGAGAAAUCUACCCCGCCGAAUGCCGUGAGCGACAUGUAUCUUACAGAGGCAGACUGUCUGCUACCUUUGAAUACAGCAUCAACGGCGGCGACCCGCACGAGUUUGUUCGCGAGCUUGGCCAGGUCCCCAUCAUGAUCAAGUCAAGCAGAUGCCAUCUCGAGAACAACUCGCCUGCCCAGCUUGUUGACCGUAAAGAAGAAUCCGAAGAGCUCGGUGGCUACUUUAUUGUCAACGGUAUUGAGAAAAUCAUCCGUCUUCUCCAGGUCAACAAGAGAAACUUCCCCAUGGCCAUCAACAGACCUAGCUUCCAGAACCGUGGCGUUGGCUAUACAUCUUACGGUAUCAUUGUCCGAUCCGUCCGACCCGACGAGACGUCGCAGACCAACGUCCUCCACUACCUCAACGACGGUAAUGUCACUUUCCGAUUCUCGUGGCGCAAAAAUGAAUACUUGAUCCCCGUCGUCAUGAUUCUCAAGGCUCUCGUCGAGACCAACGACAGAGAAAUCUUCGAGGGUAUCAUCGGCCCCAUGGGCUCCAAGGCUACCGAAAACACCUUCUUGACCGAUCGAGUCGAGCUUCUGCUCCGCACAUACAAAUCUUUCAAUCUCUACAGCAAGUCACAGACCCGCGCCUAUCUCGGCCAAAAGUUCCGCGUCGUCUUGGGCGUUCCUGAGACCAUGUCCGACUAUGAAGUCGGUACCGAGUUCCUCCGCAAGAUUGUCCUUGUCCACCUGGGCAACGUGGAUGUUACUGAGAGUCAGGACGCUGACAAGUUCCGCAUGGUGCUCUUCAUGAUCCGUAAACUGUACGCCCUGGCUGCUGGCGACUGUGCCGUCGACAACCCCGAUGCUGUCCAAAACCAGGAAAUUCUUCUCGGUGGCUUCCUCUACGGUCAGAUCAUCAAGGAGCGACUUGAUGAGUUCCUUGGCGUCAGUGUUCGCCUGUCUAUUCGAGAAUUCUUGCGCCGCAACGCCGCCGUCACUUUCACAUCUGAAUCGUUCAAAAAGGAGUUCCCUGCCAAUAUCUUCCGUAAAGCCAACGAAAACGUGGGUAACGCGCUCGAAUACUUCUUGUCCACGGGCAACCUCCAGAGUCCUUCCGGUCUGGAUUUGCAGCAAACUGCUGGUUUUACUGUCGUGGCGGAAAAGCUCAACUUCCUGAGAUUCAUUGCUCAUUUCCGUAUGGUGCACAGAGGUGCUUUCUUUGCUCAAUUGAAGACCACUACCGUCCGAAAGCUGCUCCCUGAAUCUUGGGGUUUCAUGUGCCCUGUCCACACUCCUGAUGGUUCUCCUUGCGGUCUGCUAAACCAUUUGGCACACAAGUGCAAGAUUAUGACGGAGCACAUUGAUGUGUCCAAGAUCCCUGCGCUUGUCGCAGAGCUGGGAGCUGUUGAGACCUCAACUGCUACUACUGCAGAGAAUGUAGUCGUCAUGCUUGACGGCAAGAUUCUCGGCUGGUGCACUCCUAAGGAGUCCCUUCGCAUUGCUGAUUGUCUUCGCUACUGGAAGGUUGAGGGAAGCCACGGCGUUCCCCUGCAUCUUGAAAUUGGUUACGUUCCCGCCUCUACUGGCGGUUCGUAUCCUGGUAUCUACAUGUGCUCUACUCCUUCGCGCAUGGUUCGCCCUGUCAAGUAUCUGCCCCUCGCUAAGGAAGACAGCGUCGGCCCUUACGAACAGCCUUACAUGUCCAUUGCCUGUCUCCCUGAGGAGGUUGAAUCCGGCAUCUCCACCCACGUCGAGUUCUCUCCCACCAAUAUUCUUUCCAUUCUCGCCAACAUGACUCCCUUCUCCGACUUUAACCAAUCCCCCAGAAACAUGUACCAGUGUCAGAUGGGUAAACAAACAAUGGGUACUCCCGGUACCGCCAUUCGAUACCGUACCGACAACAAGUCUUACCGUAUUCAAACCGGCCAGACACCGAUUGUCCGCGCACCUUUGCACAACACCUAUGGUUUUGACAACUUCCCUAACGGCAUGAACGCCGUUGUUGCAGUCAUUUCUUACACUGGUUACGACAUGGAUGACGCCAUGAUUAUUAACAAAUCUGCUCAUGAGCGCGGCUUUGGCCACGGUACGAUUUACAAGACCAAGAAGAUUUCGCUUAAAGACGAUUCGAGAACGAGAGCUACAAAGAGUGUCACCAAGGCCUUUGGCUUUGCUCCCCACGGCUUUAUUAGCGACAAGCACCAGGGCAUGCUAGACGAAGAUGGUCUCCCUCACGUUGGACGAAUGCUCCAGGAGGGUGAUGUCAUCUGCGCCUGGCACACCGUCACACAAGACUACAAUGGCAACCUGGUGAACCUCGACGGCAUUACGCACUUUGAAAAGUACAAGGAUACCGAAACUGCCUUCAUUGAGGAAGUCCGCCUCAUUGGUGCCGAGACUGGCUCCGAACCUCUACAGACUGUGUCCAUCAAGUUCCGCGUUCCUCGUUCGCCCGUUAUUGGUGACAAGUUCUCAUCCAGACACGGACAGAAGGGUGUUUGCUCGCAAAAGUGGCCUGUCGGCGAUAUGCCCUUUUCUGAGUCGGGCAUGCAGCCCGAUGUCAUCAUCAACCCUCACGCUUUCCCCUCGCGAAUGACCAUUGGCAUGUUUGUCGAGUCUUUGGCCGGCAAGGCCGGUGCUCUUCACGGCUUGGCCCAGGACUCCACUCCCUUCAAGUUUGACGAGAACAACACGGCUGCCGACUACUUUGGCCACCAGCUGAUGAAGGCCGGCUACAGCUACCACGGCAACGAGCCCAUGUACUCGGGUAUCACUGGCGAGGAGCUUGGCGCUGACAUCUACGUCGGUGUCGUCUACUACCAAAGACUGAGACACAUGGUUAACGACAAGUACCAGGUGCGAACAACGGGUCCUGUGGUGCCUACCACUGGCCAACCCAUCAAGGGUAGAAAGCGUGGUGGUGGUAUCCGUGUUGGUGAAAUGGAGCGUGAUGCUCUGUUGGCCCAUGGCACGGCCUUCUUGCUGCAAGACCGUCUGCUCAACUGCUCGGAUUACACCAAGUCCUGGCUAUGCCGUCGCUGCGGAUCCUUCCUGUCGGUACAGCCGACCGUUUCGCAGUUUGCGCCGUCCAAGAAGAGGGCCCCAAGCAUCGUCCGAUGCCGCAACUGCGCCACCAAGCUCGAUGACACAGAGGGCUUGGAUCUCACAGAGAUUCAGGGUGAAAUCUGGGAGGAUGGCCUCGGCAACAGCUGGGUUGGCGGCGACCACACCACCCAGAUUGUGGUGCCUGGUGCGCUCAAGUUCCUCGAUGUGGAGUUGGCAGCCAUGGGUAUCAAGCUCAAGUACCGCAUCAGCAGCGAUGACGAGCCUAGGAAGGGCAAAUUAAAGUCAAUUGCCUGGCCCACUGCCAAGAAGGGCGAGUAAAAGUCAAGAAGAACAGAAAGACGUGUGAUGAUUACGAUGGACGGGGAGAUGGAGAGAAGGAGGUUUGGGUUAUGAAAACGAGUCCUUGUAUAUAUGGAAGCAAACAUACCUUGUUAGACUAUUAGCAUUUUCAAAAGCAAUACGCAAUAUUUUAUUUUUACAUAG